AUGUUGGUAAAUAAUAUUUGUACUUCGACAAAAUUACCACCACUAGUGCUCUCCUUGCUUCACAAAGCGCAAACGAGCUCAAAGAUAGCUUUUUCCAUUGGUAUUUACCCCCGCACCUUAACCCAUUCUUUCCGCCUUGCCUCAACAACAAGGGCUGCUGCAGGAGAAGACAGCUCAAAACCCGCAACACGGCGCGGAAGACUACCAAAGAAGCCGAAUGUCGUUAGUCCUGCUCUUCACGGGGACAGCAGCUUGACGAAUACCUCGGUGAUGCCAGAGAACCCACAAGCCCCUUUCUUAAUCACCCCGCCGGUGCCUAAGCCGCUUGAAACGACAUUGAAGAACAAAAAAAAGAGAUCGCAGGGUAACUCUACGCAAGGAAAACGAACAAAGACUACAAAAGGGAGCAAAGUGAACGCGAACGUUGAUUUCGACAUUAACCUAGAUGAGCUGUCCAUCUUUUCAGAAAUGCUAUCAGACGAACACACCCCUCGCAACUUUUCGCAAACUACCCUCGUGUACAACGCGCUCACAGGGCGCAUGACGAGCGAAAUGUCGAACUCUAUAGCUUGCUUAAAGGACAUCGGCUUCGGUAUCAACGAGCAGCGCCAAAUUUAUGUCGAGAAACCGGAGGAAAUUAAUAAACUAGCAGAACGCGUGCGUCUAGGGACAUCUUCACUUCCGUCUAAAUGGCCCACCAUGUUAACUCGCGUUCUUGGUGGUAUUUUUAAGAAUCCCGUGAUCACCGACCCCGCCGAAGCGAUCCAACAGAUGAUCCAAAUCAAAGUGAACAGCGUGAUGCGCAGCAAGUACACCUCAAUCGUAACCUCCUCUUCGUGCGAAGGCAACGAGGCGGACGACAAAAGCAUACGCGACUUUCUUCUAGAAUCCGACGACGAUGCAAAAGGGAUCGAGCUCAACUCCGAGCAGGAGCGCGUGAUUGCGAUCACUCUAAAAGGGCAUAACAUGUAUAUUGGUGGAAGUGCGGGCACCGGAAAGUCGGUGCUUCUGCGCGCCUUGAACCGGCGGCUGAGGGCAAAUCACCUGCGUGUCGCCAUGACGGCCACGACCGGCGUCGCGGGAUGCCAUAUUGGCGGCUCGACCUUUCACCACAUCAUGGGAGUGUCGUCAAAAGGUGAGUUCCUGCGUCGCUCGAACAUCCUAGACUACGAUGUAAUCAUCAUUGACGAGGUUUCCAUGCUACCCCAAAGCCUUUUCGAAGACUUCGACCGCGUGAUGCGGGAAGAGGCCGGUACGCCUGACUUACCCUUUGGCGGUGUACAAAUUAUCCUUUGUGGUGAUUUUCUCCAGCUUGGUUGCAUCAACGAGAAGUCGGUAAUAUAUUCUAAGAUCUUCGCAGACAAUUUUGUGAAGCUGUGCCUGCAGACACAGGUACGGCAGUCCGCAUUCCCAAUAUUUGCUCAAAAUUUACAGCAGAUGCGUCUGGGCAUCGUCCCGAGCAACCUCACCGAGAUGGUGAAAGAGCUCCCCCCCGGAACCAUGGUAGACUCUGCCGUCAACCUGCUUCCCACCAAUAGCGAGGUUCAAGUGGCGAACGAGCGAGAACUCACACGGCUGCCUGGAGACCCUUUGACUCUUACACCGGAGACUGGUAUCACCUCUCUGAAGUGCGAGGCCACCGUAACGCUUUUGUUGCGCACAAAUAAAGAAAACUUUAACGUACACCUCUUCUCCAAAUACGUCCGUUCUUUGCUACAGGCGACGCUGGACUUUCCUCGGGCCUCCCUGUUGUCCAUCUACCGCAUCUACGAAGACGGCCACGCGAUGCGUGUGGUGCUGCCGCAGAGUGAAAGCGUAGCCUGGCGUGAGGCCAUGCGGGAGCGCUUUAUCGAGGUUGCCGGGCUUAUUAAUGACCUUAACCUUGGGGCUACCGUGACCGAAAUCGUCCCCAACGGCGAUGGCCUCCACACCCCCGAGAACGAGGAAUGUCUUCACAAGCUCAUGGCCAAACACCCGAUUGCGCAGCCGUUGACCUUCAAAAAAGGCUGUCGCGUGCUCCUUCGGUCGAAUAUCAGCACAAACCUGGUGAAUGGCAGCAUUGGGACAGUUGUGGACCUGGUGGAGUGCAAACUCGCGAACUUCCCGGAGUACCUGCGGAAUGUCAACAUCGAGGAGUGCAUUGAGCGCUACAGAAUGUUCUGUGUCACGGAGUGCGGGAUGCCCAUCCCUCUCGUGCCGGUGGUGAAGUUUCACAGCGGGGAAACGGUGCCGGUGCCGCCGUGGGAGUUCAACGUCGGUGGGACCCCCGCGACGAACUACUACAGCCUAUCCCUGGUGGCCCUACCGCUAACCUUGGCCUACGCCUUUACGGUGCACAAAGUGCAGGGACUGACGUUGGUGGGGCGGGUGCACCUUGAGCUGGCCCGGAUGUGGCCCUGCGAGCAUCUCCUUUAUGUUGCCAUGAGCCGCGUGCGGAAUCCGGACCAGCUGAGUAUCUCGAACUUCCGAGAAAACAUGGUGGUGGCGAAUAAGGACUGCGUCACCUUUGACCACGACCUGAAAGCGGCCGAGGACAUCACAGUCGAGGAGCUGCGGGGCUACCCCGUCUCCUCUUGGAGGCGGUGCAACGACACAAUUUUGCACCUCCGUCGCCGUGGGAGCUCCCUUCGACGGCUUCUGCAGGACACGAUGUGCGCGAAUGGUCGGGAGGGAGGGAUGGAACGCCCUCUCCCAGCCCUCUCGGGGCUCGACCUCAGCUCCGCCUCGGACGGCGACACUCGUGAGGAGGAGGGGGAAAGAAAAGACCCCCUACGCGCUGGCAGCGGUCGCGCGCCACGUACGUCGUCGGCCCACACGGACCACCUCGUGUCAGUCGAGAGGUCGGUAAUCGUCGCGCGGCGAAUGCGGAAAUUAAUUAGGUGCGUCGAGCGGGCUACCAAACUGAGCGAAUCAAGACGGAAGACAAAGGCCACAGUGGUGCUGGGUGCACCCGUAUCAUCGCCCCCUACCGCCGCCAAUGGUGAAGGAAUGGUGCCCUUGACAUUCCAAGAAUCUAAUGGGAAUGGCGUGCGGACGGAUCUAACCCCCACCAAAAAUGCGGAAGACGAUUUGUCUGCUACUGAAUUUUCGUUUUGA